GCCGAGGGGUGGGCGGGAUGGACGCCGGGACGUAGGGUGGAUUCCAAAGAGGGAGUCCAUCCAGCUGCUCUCGCCGACUCACCACAAGACGCUCGCACAUGUCUGACGGACGCAAAAAGGCCAUCAACAUGUUUGCGGAAUAAGAGGGGAAACUGCACACGAACGGCGUCCGCAUGGGGGCUCAACUUGUCCAGUGCGUUUACACACGCCACAUUUGAUUUACGCCUGCGGGGCCGACACACGUGUUCCCUCCUCCAUCCUUUUGUCGGCAUCGAUCCCUUUUCUCACACCCACGUGGGCAAACGUGCGAGGACGGAGAACAAUUUGAUGGCCGCAGCCUCCGUGCUCCGGCGGACAUCCGCACGCUUGCCAGACGGACAGGAUGGAAGCCCAACUGUGUUGCAACUUGCACACGAUGGGGAUUGUUGCAUUCCUCUUCGGCUUUCUGUCUGCACAAGUGCAACUGCAUGCCGAGGUUUCCCCGGACGGACAGAAAAAUAUUGCCUGGCGUGAUGUCAUCUCUCGGGAAUGUUUUGGCACGAGGGCUGCAGCAGUUGGCUGGUGGACAAGAGAUGUGAAGAUGUGGGCUUUGAUGGGAGCCGUGUGCCUGUGCCACUGUGUCGUCGGACAGCUGCUGAAAGGAGCGCCGCGUCUCCUCUGCAGUGUCCCGGGGGCGCCAGGACCGCCCGGCAAGCCCGGCCCCAGCGGGACUCCGGGAGCCGACGGGAACGCGGGCGUCCCCGGAAGAGAUGGCAGAGAUGGCAGGACAGGGGAGAAGGGACAGAAGGGAGACCCAGGUUUAAAGGGCAGGGUGGGACCCACAGGUAAGAUCGGCGAGCGAGGCGAGCGAGGUCCUACAGGGAAACGAGGUCCCGUGGGGGAGAACGGAGACGGAGGCCCACUGGGCCCUCUGGGCCACGAAGGCGAGAAAGGACAAAAGGGCCAACGCGGCAUUCGCGGGGUGCCGGGAAAAUGCAAUUGCGGAAGCCUUACACUCAAAUCAGCUUUCUCGGCCGGCAUCACCAACAGCUACCCGACAGAGAACACCCCCAUUAAGUUCAACAAGGUCCUACUCAAUGAGGGCGGCCAUUACGCCCCCCAAACGGGCAAGUUCGUCUGCGCAUAUCCCGGCAUUUAUUUUUUCACUUACGACAUCACGCUCGCUAAUAAACACUUGGCCAUCGCUCUGAUGCACAAUGGACAGCACCGCAUCAAAACCUUCGAUGCCAACACGGGCAACCACGACGUGGCCUCGGGCUCUACGGUGAUGUUCCUCAACCCCGAAGAUGCCGUCUGGCUAGAGAUCUUUUACCACGACCAGAAUGGUUUGUUUGCCGACCCGGGCUGGGCGGACAGCUUGUUCUCGGGCUUCUUGCUCUACGCUGACACGGACUACUUUGACCAGCUGGCAGCAGACUACGCAUAAGCAAAACAGAGAAGAUGGAUGGAUGGAUGGAUGGAUGGAUGGAUGGAUGGAUGGAUGGAUGGAUGGAUGGAUGGACUUGAAAUAUGUGCCACCAGAAUCUGAUUUUGAAUCAUUUAUAUUUAAAUUUGAUUCGCUAAACUUGAAAACGUUAAUUUGAAUGACAUAAACAGAAUUUCGAUUCAUUUUUUUCCAUAUUAUAUUGAAAAGCAGAAUCUCAAUUGUACAAUUUGGAUUUAUUUUGGAAUUUGAAAUAAACUUGAAACUGUUUUUAU